UGGUUGUCCGCAAUGACAUAUAUUGAUUAUGGCAUAUUAUUCGAGCACUAUUGUUUAAUGUAUUUUGUUUUUGGUUUUUACGCAUUUUAGUGCUAAAAUCGUCCAUACAUAUCACUUGUGCAUUUGUUUUCAUUCUUUUAAAAUAACGGGUCAAAUAUUCGAACAGACACAAUGCAUUUCAUAAAGACAGAGAUAGAAGAAUCACCGGAUGAUAAUAAUAUUUUUCACUUGCACGCGGUAAAAAGUGAAUUGGAGUGCAUACAGACCGAGUGUGAACUUAGAAUGUCUCAAUUGAACCUUACAAUUUUAUUUGAUAAUGCUGCCAAAGAUAUUCAAAAAACGAUUUUAAGUCUGGUCAAUUACUAUGGAAAGUUUGGAUUACGAAACAGAGGCUCGUUUGAUAUUGUUUCCAUGAUUAAAAUGUACAAUGAAUUUCAAUCAGUUUCUCACGGGAUAUUCAACCAGCUGAACAUUGCAUACCACUACGAUCCAGCCAAACCAUUUGUGUCAUCAAAUAUAUCCAUCACCAAAAUGCGGGUACAGAUGAAACGUACAUCGACAUCUGUGGAACUAUUUAAAGACAGCGCUGUCGCUCAUGUUUUUCCAGUUGAUCCAACGUUUGCAACGGCCAUUAAAACUAUAUCCGUGUUAAUCAAAAACAUUCUUCAGUCGGCUACCGAAGAUCUCCCCCGUGUAAACAAUGCUUUCCCAGAUCAUCCCAAUCCAGAGAGACGUUUGACUAAAACCGGUGCACAUUUGGAACAAUGGAUUGCAUCGACAUCCCCAACAUUUUACAAUAUUUUAUUUCAAUGAGCAAGCAAAAUGCAUAAAUUAUUGAUUUUACUUAUAGAAACAGCAGAUGUGCUAUGUUCACUGGAAGGAGAAGUUUUAUUUGGCAUUUCUUUUCCAAAUAUCUAAAAAAAAUUACACAGAAAAAUAAACGCAUAUUUGCAUCAAUCAAUAAA